CUUUUAUAUAGGUUUCAAAGAUUAAGAAUAGGGUAAACAUUAUGAUUCCUUUAAGACAGUCUCAAGCAGUCAAGGGAUUGGCCAGAACAUCCCAGUUGGCCAGGAUCCUGGCUGUUCCGGUUUUGAGAACUGCAACUCGUUUUCAAUCAACUAGUAUUGAUACGGAAACUAAAAGCACUACUGAAGCGCCAAAAGUAGUUCCUUCAAAGAUUAAAGGUGAUAGAAGUAAGAAUUCUAAAAACAACAGAGGACCUUAUAAGCCAAGUAAUCGAAAAUUAAGAGAGAUUGUUUCUCAAAUCUUUGCAACUGUUGAUUCAAUUUCAACUUCAAAUGAUGUUAUUCCUGCUAUUGAAAUAUUGGAAGAAGGUCUUAGUUAUUUAAGAGAAAUCCAAGCAGUGGAAGGUAUUGAAGAGGGUUCUCUUUAUUCUAGUUUCCAACCAGUUAUUUCCAAACUUUUCGUUAAAGCUUCAGAAAUUUCACCAAAUGAUUCAAAUAAAUCUUUAGAAGACCUUUUAGAUACCUUAAUUCAGUAUAAAGUGGCUCAUGGAAAACAUUUCACCGAAAUCAUUGCUUACACUUUGAAAAAUGUUGAAUCGCCAGAAUUAAUGGUUCAAGCAUAUGGUGAUGUUUUAAGAAUAUGGGUUAAAUAUAUCGAAUAUUCUUCGGAAUUAGGUCAUCAAUUAAAUGAAAAAGUUUAUCAUUUUAUGUUUUUAGAACGUUAUUUUAAGGAUAACAUUAAACAUUUGGUUUAUUUCUCAUAUAUCAUGUCGUGUUUGAAAGCAAACGCUGAAUAUGAUUCUCAAGUUGCUAAAAAACUUUUACAAACUGAGGAAUUAUCAAGUAUUUAUGAUGUUCAAGCUGCUUUAUCCAAGUAUAAAUUAACUGAUUCAUUAGAAGCAGAUAUUCAAGUCUUUAAGAAAAACUUGGAUGAUUUAAAUUUAAAAUCUCUUGAUCCAAAUGGUCCUUAUGUUUUAAGCCAAUUGAAAACUUUUGUUUAUAGAAAAGACAAUACUAAUUUGAGAAAUCUUUAUUCUCAAGUUAAAAAUGCAUCAGUAUCGAAUAAUAUCCCAAUAACUGAAUUAACCAUCAGUAAUAUUAUGAAUGGUUUCUAUACUAAUUAUUCAUUUGACGAUGUUUUUAGACUUUUCCAAGAUUUAAUCUCAAAUGGUGUUGAAAACCCAAGUCAAGCUACCUGGGAUGUUGUUUUAAGAUCAAUGAGUCAUAUGAAUAAUUUAAGCAGAUUUAACGAUGCUAAAAGAAAGGACAUUUAUAAUAAUUUCGAAUCAACUUUGAACACUGCUUUGAAAAAAGGAUACCGAGUUGAUGCAAAAGGUUUAUGUACUAUUAUAAAUGGUUAUGCCAACUUCAAUAAGUUUGAUAAAGUUGAUGAACUCUUGGAACAAUAUAAAGAUGUUCCCGUUAUCCAAGCAGCUAAAAAUGGUAUUAUUAAUGCAUUAAUCUUAAAUGGUAAACUUAAUUUAGCCGAAGAAAAAUUCUUAGAAUUUGAUAGAGAUGGAUCUAAUUAUAAACCUUCAAGUACUGUUAUGAAUUCGUUUAUAAGCGUCUAUGCUAAGAAAGAUGAUCUCAAAGCGGUUGAAAAUAUCAUGUCAUAUAUGAGAACGAACGAUGUCGCUCAAGAUAUUGCUACCUAUACUACUUUACUUGAUUAUUACUUCAAAUCUUACCGUAAAAGAGGAUUAGUUCCUGAUAUUGAUGUUUUAUUCAAAGAAAUUGGAAUUGAUUCUGAUUUCCUUGACAAUGAAAUUUCAUUAGCAGCAUUAGUCGAUGGAUUAUCAAGAGAUGGUCUUAAAUUGGAAACUGCCAGACAAGUUUAUGCAUUUGCCAGUGAAAAAUCAAAACGUCUUCGUGAAAAUCCUCAUAUCUUAACUUCUUUAGUUAGAGCCGAAAUUACCCAUGGUAUAAUUGGUAAAGGUGAAAUUUUAUUUGACAGAUUAAUUAAAUCUCAUAACACUACGAGAACCUGGAAUAAUAUUAUUGUUGGUUUAUUAAAUAGAGAUGAUACUUUAGCUUUGCAAUAUUACCAAAGACUCAAAGAACAAACUCAAAUUAACCCAAAUAUCAAACCAAAUAAGUUCACUUUAUAUUACUUACUUUGGCACUACAUGCAAAAAAAUGAUUCAACAAUGAUUCAACAUUUUAUUGAUGAAAUUUCUGCAGUUGGAUUAAAUGAUUUGGGUAAAGAUUUACCAAAAUUAUUAUCAAGACUAAAAGGAGAUUAUAAGAUUGACGAAAGUUUAUUAAACAGAAGAGAAUAA